CACAUCCCUGAUGUAAAUAAAUCAGAUGUUUACAUCCUGAACAGCGCUGUCUCGUCACAAAUAGUCAAAACAAUAGCUGAUGAGGAAGGAUUCAAAAGUGAUGUAACGUUGACUGGUUUCAAAUGGAUGGGCAACAAGGCGGACGAACUGCGAAAGCAGGGCAAACAUGUGAUUCUAUCCUGGGAAGAAAGCAUUGGAUUUAUGCCUGGACAUCCAUUGGACAAGGGCCCAUCUACAAAGCGUAAGAAAUCACCUCCCACAAAAGCAGUAUGGGGUCCUGUGGUCCCUUAA